GGCGUGCCAAAAGGGUGGCGCCUGUUUUCGUGGUGGCGGCGGCGGAGGCGGCGGGCGCGGGUAGGGGCUGGUUUUGAGUUUGUUGUUGCAGAAACAGGAAGAAGGCGGAGAAGAUUUUGCUGCAUGAAUUGGCCAUGCGCCACGGGAGGAAUCUGAAGAGACCGGAAAAGCUUCUCAUUUCCUCCCAGACAUUAUAGGUUAUAAACCCAAGUUGUACUUGGAUGGAAUACAUCAGCCUCCUGAAACAAUGCAUUCUGGGGGUAGUGGGGGAUCCCUCACGAGGACUAUUCCACAUCAGGUGAAGGAGGAACCAGAAGAGACCUUGGCCCAGCACUGGGAAGUUCAAUGGCAGGAAUUCCUAAGGACAGUGAAGUCUCCUUCUCUGAGCUGGGGGGAACCACAUUUGCCAGGGCCCACCCCAUGGGAGGAUGCAAAGGCCUUCCUGGCUUCCUUUGAGCAAGUGGCUGAAGCCUGCCAGUGGCCCAAGGAAGAGUGGGCAGCCCGACUCCUGCCAGCCCUGAGUGGAGAAGCCGAGCAGGCCUUUGACAGGAUGGAAGCCAGAGACCGGGUGGACUAUGGGAAGGUGAAGGCAGCCAUCUUGCGCGGGGAUGCCAUGAGCAGGGAGAAACUGCGCCAGCACUUCAGGCAUUUCCACUACCAAGAGGCUGAGGGACCAAGAAGGGCUUACAGCCGACUACGAGAACUUUGCUGUUGGUGGCUGAAAGUGGAGAGAUGUACCAAGGAACAGAUUUUGGAGCUGCUGAUCCUGGAGCAGUUUGUGACCAUCCUUCCCCAGGAAAUGCAGAGCUGGGUUAGGGAACACAGCCCAGAGACCUGCGCCCAGGCGGUGGCCCUGGCCGAGGAUUUCCUACUGAGGCAGCAAGAGGCCCAGCGACAGGGAAGACAGAUGGCAUUUGAGGAAGUGACAGUGAGUUUCGAGGAGGCCAGCCAAGGUCUGUCUGACAUUGUGCAGAGGCAGCUGUUUGUGGAGACCAAGCAGGAAGAUGGCAAUGGAGGGGUCAGCCCCUUGGUAGACAAAGGAUGGAUGAUUACAGAUGAGGAGGAAAAAUCUGUGCCGGAAGAUUUGGAACUGGUGGGACCACGUGGGACCGCAACAUGGAAAGUAAAAGAAAAUCUUUCUCUGUGCUAUAAGGAGGAAAACAUCCCCACAAAUCUGGAGAUUCCACAGAAAACACACCUGGAGGAGGAGACGGAUGAAUCCAUUCCUCAUGGGGGAUGUUGCAAGGCCGCCAGAGAAACUACAGUCCUGGCAGAAACUGACGCUGAAGGGCCUCUGAUUCCUAAACAUGACCGCUUUUCCUUGCUGAAAGAAGAAGAGGAAGAUCCAUUUGUCCAGAUUUGGGAGGAAGGAGAGAGAGCCAGAGAAGUUGAUGGUAUGCAGGAGAAGGAGAGGAAAGGGGAAAUCCAGGGGAUGUCAUCAGAAAGAGUGGUGUGCAAAGAGUUGAAGGAGAAUUUAUUGGGCAAAGAUGACUCAAAGAUGCAGGAAGGAAACCAAGCAGAGAAUAAGAAGGCCGAAUCGGUUACUUGUCAGGGUGCAGACUUUAACAAAAUCCUGAUCCAAGAAGAAAAAGAAAGAGGAAAGCGAAACAACCAGUGCCUGGAUGCUCACACAAAGGAGAAACCAGAGAACAGCCUCAGUUGUGGGAACAGCUUCACGCAACAACCAAGACUCCACAAUGGGGAGCUAUCCCACACAUGUUUGGAUUGUGGAAAGUGCUUCAAUCACAAAGCAACCCUUAUUUCACAUCAACGAGUCCACAGACGAGAAAAGCUUUAUAACUGUUCCAAGUGCGGGAAAAGCUUUAUUCGUAAAUCUGUCCUCAACAAGCACUUGAGAAUGCACACAGGGCAGAAACCGUUCAGCUGCUCAGACUGUGGCAUCAGUCUGAGUGCUCAGUCGAGCCUUAUUAGGCAUCAGAGAAUCCACACCAGAGAGAAACCAUACAAAUGCUCAGAGUGUGAAAAGAGCUUCAGUCAGAACUCGGACCUCAUUAGACACCAGAGACUCCACACAGGGGACAAGCCCUAUACAUGUUUCGAAUGUGGAAAGAGCUUCAGUUGGGUUGACCGCCUAACUUCGCAUCAGAAAAUCCACACGGGAAAAGAUCCUCCCAGUGGCCAGACUGCAGCCAGGACAUUUGUGAUAAAUCAGGUCUUAUUCAGCACAUGAGAGGCCACGUAGCCGAGAAACCAUGUACAUGCUUGGAGGGUGGAAAGAGCAUCAGUAGGAGUAAUCAAGCACUGGUGCAACAGUGGGCAACUUCACACUCUUACGAGGGGGUGCUGGUGUACCUCUCUUAGGACCCAAGGCAUGGUUAUAAAUCAAGCAGUCCUCCAAUGAAGAAGAAUGGACAACCACAGCUUAAAAUCAGAAUAAAAGUAUAUUUUAUUGAA